AUUUUGAAAGAUAGUUCAUUUUUGAAGCAAGCAUAGAAACAUCAAAGAUUGUUCCAAAAGUUUACAUUUUUGUAAAUUUAUAUUCCGUACGGUUUAAUGGCAGCGAAAGCUCUCAUUGGAUUCAAAAACUUUAUAAUAUCAUUCUUAAUCAUAACAACAGUUUUUUUCAACGUAAUGAUGCUGUAUAAAGGGAAGAUUAUUAAUUCAAAUUCCCUAGAUUUCGUUUCAAAUAACAGACAAAACAGUUACAGAAUUACGUCACAAAACAAUCACAUUGAUGUUGUCUUUUUUGCGAAGUAUGCAUUCAAAAACAUGAAAAUAAUUCGUGGUCUAGCUAGAACUUUAGAAAGUAUUUUGAAACAUACAAAAAAUCCUAUAUAUCUUCAUGUUCUGCUAGAUUUCGAAAGUAAACAAAGGGUUGGAAGAACACUAAAGACUGUUUGCCGACACUUUCACCGAAGUUUGAAUGUGACGUACUAUGACGUGAAUGACAUGGCGCAGCAAAACAGCAAGACCAUAUCUACCAUUCGGAAACAUUUUUUCAGCAAAGAUGUUGGAAGAUACAACGACGACAUCUUUUUCCUCUCUGAAAUAUUUCAUGAAGUGUUUCCGAAAAGAUUGCGCCAGAUAAUUUUUCUGGACAUAGAUUUGAAAUUCUUAGAUGACAUACAAAAACUUUACGGAACAUUCCAGGCUUUCGAGAAACAAAACGUUAUUGGAAUUGGUCCUGAUUUACAACCACAGUACCGCAUGGAUUUUUCAAAAUUUCGAAGCCACAACCUUGGUACAAAAGUUGGAAUGCCAAGACCAGGCAGACAAGGUUACAACACUGGUGUUGUGUUGUUCGAUUUGCAACGAAUGAGGGAAUCAGUAUUGUAUAAUUCUCUUAUUAAUGACACUUCAAUAGACAUCUUGUGCAAGAAGUAUGAAUUUCAAGGAUACUUGGGUCAUCAGGACUUUUAUACGUUAACUGGGAUGGAACAUCCCGAAUUAUAUUAUGAGCUUGACUGUUCUUGGAAUAGGCAACUUGAUGUAGGGUGGGAGGCUGUUGUAGGUUCAGAAAUUUUUCAACGGUAUCAUGAAUGCAACAAUACAAUUAAAGUUUUACAUGCUAAUGGUGAUGCCGUUUUUGCAAAUGAGUAAACUAGUUGUGUUUUAGAAAUUAUUCAAUUCGAUUAGGAAUGAGCCUUUUAAUAAAUGCUUUUUCUUGGAUCUAUAAAAAAAUGUAAAAAUAUUUUUUUUCUUUCAAGCCACCCCAUUCCCAUGUUUGUUAUCCCAUUUCGAACCGCAUAAUUAUGCGGUAAUUUUACAAGAGGAAAAAUCGUUAUGAGAUUAGUGUGUCUGUGAUGUGUUCAUCAUUUCUUCUAUGUCGAGAGGCGUUUAAUAAGUGACGCUUUUUGGCACUUGGAUGAUUUGUUCGGAAAAUUUUGCAAAAAUAAGCAGCCCCAUCGUCUUUUUCUGAAGCAUGACUUAUUAUUGUGCAUCUUGUAUGUAAGUUCAAAAUUUUGAUUUUGUAUAUAUUUUUUAAUUAAUUUCUUUUUGGAGAAAUGUAUAUGAAAACAAUGUGUGAUAUUGUGUAAUUUGACAUGUUUACUGCUGUGAUAUAAAAGAACAAAAGACUAUUGAUUGAGUUCUGGGAAGAUGCAGAAAAUAGUAUUUUAGUGUGAUUUUU